AUGGACUAUGAUGCACUGAAGGAGGCCCAAACACGUCUCGGCACCGCUGCAGUGAUUGUCAUGGACAAAUCGACCGACUUCAUCGCGGCCAUCCACCGCCUCUCGAAGUUUUACGCACACGAGUCGUGCCGGCAGUGUACGCCCAGCCACGAGGGUUCCCCGUGGCUGGGCGAAAAAAUGAUGCGGCGCUUUGUGCACGGCAACGCCAAAAAGGAGGAAAUUGGCACCAUGGUUGACGUCUCGAAGCAGCUGGAGGGGCGCACGGUUUGUGCAUUGGCAACAGCUGCUUCGUGGCCAGUGCAGGGCUUCACACGGCACUUCACGCCUAUGUUAGAAGAACGCAUUGAGCGGUACUGA